CAAACGGCGAUUUGGAGCCUUAACGUGUGGAAGUUGGGAUAAAUUAUCCGAUAUUUACAGCUGGCUGUCGUCCCUGGCCCAACAGAAUAAUGUCAUCUAUUUAUCCUUAAAGUACAACAGGACGUGCUGACAAAGUUUCGAACCUAUCAAGAAAUACUUUUCGCGCGAUAUCGUCAGCUGACAGGUUUCACAUUUUCUUCAAGGAGAAAGCCUUUGCAAACAUAAGACUUCUCUUUCACCCAUCUUUUCACCACUAUUGUUGACUAACAGCAGAUCAGUAUGGUUCUCUCUCAAAGACAACGUGAAGAGCUGAACAAAGCUAUAGCAGACUACCUAAGCUCCAGUGGCUAUAUCAAUUCUCUGGCAGAGUUUCAGAAGGAGGCUGAUAUGCCUGGUGACAUAGACAAGAAAUAUGGAGGACUGCUAGAAAAAAAAUGGACCUCUGUCAUUCGCUUGCAGAAAAAGGUUAUGGAUUUGGAGGCCAAGCUAACAGAGGUGGAGCGGGAGGCCAAUUCUGGCACUGGGAACCGUGACCGUAGGAGCCCAAAGGAGUGGAUCCCCCGCCCCCCGGAGAAGUACAGCCUUACAGGCCACAGGAGCCCUGUCACCAGGGUGAUCUUUCACCCGGUGUACAGCGUGCUCGUCUCGGCCAGUGAAGACGCAACUAUCAAGGUGUGGGAUUAUGAGGCAGGGGACUACGAGAGAACCCUUAAGGGACACACAGACUCUGUGCAGGACAUAGCUUUUGAUCACACUGGCAAAUACCUAGUUUCGUGCUCAGCAGAUAUGACCAUUAAGUUGUGGGACUUUGGAGGGUAUGAGUGUAUCAAAACCAUGCAUGGCCAUGAUCACAAUGUGUCCAGCGUGACUUUUGUGCCUAGUGGAGAUUUCAUAGUGUCCUCCUCCCGAGAUAAGACCAUUAAGAUGUGGGAAGUGGCCACAGGGUACUGUGUGAAGACAUUCACAGGUCACAGAGAGUGGGUACGUAUGGCGAGAGUGUACCACGAUGGAUCUCUUCUGGCCAGCUGCUCUAAUGACCAGACGGUGAGGGUGUGGGUGGUGGCCACUAAGGAGUGUAAAGGAGAAUUAAGAGAACAUGAGCACGUGGUGGAGUGUAUAGCCUGGGCACCUGAGGCUGCCCACCAGGCCAUCAAUGACGGCGCUGGCAAUGACAAGAAGGGGGCUCGCUCAGGCCCCUUCCUGAUCUCUGGAUCUCGUGACAAGACCAUCAAGAUGUGGGACGUCAGUGUUGGACUCUGUCUCUUUACCUUGGUGGGUCAUGACAACUGGGUGCGAGGGCUACUCUUCCACCCUGGAGGCAAAUUUGUCCUGAGCGCAUCAGAUGACAAGACACUUCGUGUGUGGGACAUAGCCAAUAGGAGAAACCAUAAGACUUUAGAAGCACAUGCGCAUUUCGUAACGUCGCUAGACAUGCAUAAGACGAAACCUUUCGUAAUUUCCGGUAGUGUGGAGCAGUCAGUCAAGGUGUGGGAGUGUCGUUAGGGGCGGUGUCACUGCCUUGGUGAUUGAAUGUCACUGCUAUGGUGAUAGAAGAACGUUAGUAAGGGGCAGUAACUUGCCGACUGGCUUUAACCGUGGCUCAACUCUGAGCACGAUUUUUGCUUACAGUGCACCUCCAAGUCAUUGUGAUACAUUGUAGAUCAAAACUUUUGCCCUGAAGUUCACUCAUUGUGUUUCGCAUGUAUGACUUUAAAUUAUUGCUUCAGUGUACUGUACGUUGUGUAGUCGUGUACUUGAUCGUGGGGUUCGUCAUUCCCAGGUCAUUUCUGCCCUAUCUUCCAGCAUUUUCUGACUUGUGUGGUGAGCACUCCAGUGAUUUCCCCUUGUUGUAUUACUCGAUAUAAUAGAGAACAGAGCACUCAGAUAUUUGGACACUGGAUACAACCUGUUUGGGCCUUGUGGUCUGGACGAGUAGUACUUGUGGCCUGGACGAGUAGAUGAAGAUGUGGAUGGUAAAUUUAGCCUCGUGCAAAGUGUACAAAACAGAUGUCCUAGCAUAUACAAGGCUUGCAUCCAAGGGGCACCUGUGGAAUGGAUACGACGACGACAUCAUAGUCUAGGACAAAGUACAAGAGGAAACUGUAGCUCACAGCCCUCACAAGAUCCCAAACCCAGACGUUGUACAGACCCGUGAACAAGUUAUGUAGUAUAACGUUAUAUUGUAGAACAUCAUAUUUGGUCCAGUGUUAGUCAGUACUUAUUAAUAAUAAAUAUUAAAUGGGAAUUAAUUCCAGAGUAGUAAACGUUGCAACUGUACAUUGCUGCCAGUGUCUAGGUAUGGAAUUAGUGUGAUGUGGCCUGCACUAUUAUAUACAUGUAGCACAUGGUUGUAACAGUACAUCCUGUCUUAAUAAACUAGCUACAUGUAGUUUUUUGUGAACGUGGUAGGAGAAAUGAGCUUUUGGAUUGUACAGUAGAGGGGGCCUUAAAAAAGACGCUUACGUGCUUGUUCUUCAGUGUGAUAUAUAUAAAAAUAUAUCUAUAUACAUACCUACAUAUAUAUAUAUAUUUAUGAGUGUUGUAAUUCAACUCUAGGUUGGUAAUUGUGUGCUGUCUGCAGAGAAGUUAAGGUAGGCUUUGCAUAGUUGUACAUAGUUCUGUAUUCUGUAGUGUUUGAAUGUUGAACUCUGAAUGUGUUGCUACCUUGGGUAUGUUGAAUUCAUUUCUGCUCUCGCACCUCCGCUCUUAUCUACAUACUGAUACUUGGAUAUACUGGAUUCUCCACUAAUCCUGUGGUGGGAAGAUCCCAUGAUGUCUCUAGAUAUUAGAAGUAUGACAGAUUUGUGUAGCUUUGCCUGUUCCAAAAGGCAAGACAAAGUUCUGUUGACAGACUAGAGCUACAUACGGUUUGGUAGAUUGGAUAUUAAAAGUGUGAUUCCAGACAUUUACAGUUCAAUGUCACAGAUUUAUUUUUGUGUAUUAAUUGUUGUUUUUGGCUCCAUGAUGAAGUGCUGCACCAUUCACUUUAAGCCUGAUAUAGUCUCAUGAAUUUGAAUGACAAUAACUAAUCAGUCAAUGCAUUCUAGUGAUCUGUUGGUUUAGAGAAUUGUUUGGAAGCUGUAGCAUGUACGUUUACAUUUGGAAAAUCAAAAUUUUUUUUCCAAGAUUCAGAUGAAAGAAAAAAAACCAGAAGAAAGCAGACCAAAUUUUCAGAAGUUGUAAACAAGUAACAACUUUUAAACAUCAUAAUUAAGAUUGGUGCUUAAUUUGCAUAUGGAAGAAAGUCCUCAAAAAACAAAGCAUUGAUAAACAGGGGCCAAAACUGGAGCAAAAUUUCUGUUAGGGUUUUCAGAAGGUAUAUCCUGAUGCCAUCAGUUCAGUACAGAAUAAUCUCUCUUGUGGUAUUUUCGUCAGAUGUUUAGAUUUCAAGUAGUUCAGAGGAUUGCUGCAUGGAACAGGGCAGUGGUGGUUUGUGUUUACCAAGAGGUGUUUUGUAUGCUUCUGAGAUCUGAAGAAAAUGCUAUUUAUUUUUGUUAAUCAGAUAUAAAUUUUUUGAGAGGUGCUGUGGCUCAAGUAGGAGUGAGUGUGAAUAUGAUCAAUGUAGUUGGAGCAAAUUUGACGAAGCACCACGAAAGUGUUGACAUCAGAACUCUGACAGCCUAAUGCCAACAGCACUGGUUUCUAUGGUAGAGCAAACGUGGAGCAUUGAGCGCUUCGUCAAACGAAGCCCAUAUUGUUAUUGGUUUGCAAAAUCUUCAAUCCCCCUAUAUUUUGGCCGGACAAAGCUAAAGCUUGACACUAUCUUGUUGUUAAAUUUUAUGAUUAUUGCAAAAUAUGUACAAGAAUCCACAACUUGGGUCUAAUUUCUUGGCUUGCAUUCCUUUGAGAAAACUUGGGGCAUUUACAAUUCAUUCUUCUGUAAACACAAAAAUUAGAAGUGUGUACAAACUUAGACUUUGGAAUAGGAAGUAGUUAUAGCCAGGUUUUUAUUGGACAUUCUUUGCCAGGUGAAAUGGGGUGGGGGGGGGGGGAGCUGCAGAAAUAAGAGAACAAGAGUGAACAGCAUAAGCUAAAGUAAAAUGUAACAAGAAAUAAAAUUUUCAAAAUUUUGAGAGGAGGAACUGAA